CUUGAUGGACCAUUUAAUAGAGGCCCUCGUCCAAGUCCACAUCCCAGUCACCCAAGCUUUUCAAGUUUCCUAGAUCCCAUCAUUAUGGCAAUUAAGUUGGUAGCCCUUUUGACCAUCGGCCUGGCCAUCUUGGCCCUCAGCGAAGCCCGUCAUGUCAGUGGUCACCGCAGGCAGCACUUCGAGCAGCGGGCGCUCAUAGCCAAGCCCCACAGUGGCCCCCAGGGACGCGUCUUCCCCGGCGCGGUGGCCAUCAAGAAGCUGGUGCUGCUCAAGUUCAAGAAGAUCGUGCCCAUCUCCCUCAUCCUGCUGAAGUCGAGCAACGAGAACGAGGCCGAGCUGGUGCCCGUCUACCCCACCGAUCAGAUUCCCGAGAACGUGCAGUUCAUCCCCACGCCCAACGGCAUCUCGGGCCACAAGGACGUCCAGGCCAUCGCCAUUCCCGCCGAGCUGCACGACCAGCUGCAGAUCAACGGCCUCUCCAACCUGGAGAACAUCGAGGCCCUGCUCCAGAGCAGCUCCAUCUCCUCCGCCGACAACGAGGGCGAGGCGCCCGUGGGCAACAGCAUUGCGGUGGCCCAGCCCGAGGAUCUGGUCCUCGAGCAGCCGGAGAACGACGAGGAUCAGCUGCUGGAUGGAGCUUCCGCCGCCCCAGCCGCUCCAGUCGCCGCUUCUCCCGCCGCCCUGCGCCGCCUGUCCGCCGACGAGCUGCUCCGCUCCGGCGUCCGCAACUCCGCCCAGCAGCAGCAGACCAGCGUGGAGGAGAUCCCCCUGCUCCUGUACUCCGCCAACGAGGGCUCCUCCUCGGGACUCUCGGCCGGCAUCUCGGGACGCCGCUUCGUGGCCGCCGCCCCGGCGCAGCGUCGUCGCCAGCAGUUCUACAACUAAAUCUAACUUAAAACUUAACUUAAACUUAACUUAACUUAAUCUGUCCCCUUCCGCACUCCACACUCCUCCUCUCGAUGGCUGUCACACGGGCUUCACUGUACCUACCUACCACUACCACUGGCUAUUCAUUUUUUUUUUAGACUGAACUGAAUAUAAAUUAACGUUAUGAGCGAAAUGACAAAA